CCACUCUCUCUCUCUCUCUCUCCGCAUUUGGUAAAGUGAGAGAAACAACUCUCUUCUCUCUUGCUCUCUCUGCAUACUUUCUUUGUAAACAAUUUUCUCCAAUUUUAUCAACGUGAUUUCCUUCUAUUCCCUUGUUUUCCUGAAGGCAUUAAAUCCUCUCUUUCACUUUCCCCUGCUGGUUUCCCCCUUCCUCGAUAAAGCGAAGGUAAAACUGGGAAAGAAAACAGUGUUGGGUGUUCCCUUUGACUUAAAACCUUGUUUUUCGAUCAUGGUUUAGUAUUCCACUACCUCGAUAAAGCAAAGGUAAAACUGGGAAAGAAAACAGUGUUGAGUGUUCCCCUUGACUUAAAACCUUGUUUUUCGAUCAUGGUUUAGUAUUCCACUAUUUUUUGGGUUAUUUUGUGUACAAAAUAGCCUAUAAAUUUUCUUGUGGGCGUUUCUUUGGGUUAAUUAUUAUUCUGUCUCUCUUCAUUUUUGACUCAAAAAAAUUAAAAAUACCAAAGUUGUCAUAUCAUGAUUACGAUUUUUUCCAUUUUCGGAGAUGCAGAAGUGCAAUUUCCAAAUGUGUGUGAAUUUUAGCUUCUGAAAGUUUCCAAAAAUAUGGUAUUCUUGAGCUUGGGAAAAGGAAAAAAGACUUACGUUUUUCUCGAUUUAAAAAAAUAUAUAUAAAACUUUCUGUUCUUCGGUUUAUUUCUUUGGAGGGAAAACGAUACGUCUCCGCGGUGUUCUAUGGCGUCUUCUUGGGAGAGAUUUCAUUUUACUUCACCAUUUUUAUCAUGUUUUCGGUUUGGAUUUUGAUAAACCCUAGGUUGGGGACCAUAAACGAACCUCCCUGGAGGGUAGGAUUGAGAGUGGGCCUUUUGUUUUCUUCUUAAUUUCUUUCUUCACUUUUCGAACGGCAAAUGAAAAGGGGCGUGUGGAACUCCCAUUGUUUUCUUCGUGAGCAAGUAGUCAUAAAUGCAUCUAGUAAUGAAAUAUUCAUCCGAUAUUUAUUUAUUUAUUUUAAAAUGAAAUAAAGUACAGUAAAUGAUUUUAUAUUUUGAGCUUUUUAAUUAGCAUUGAUUACUGCAACUUAUUAUAGGAAUAUAUAGUGAAAUUUAUUUAAUUAUGGGUCUUUAUUUCUUCAGCAAGGGCAUGAGAGGGAAGAAAGCAGGUUUUUGGGUUUUAUGAUUCGGAUAUCAAUGGCUGAGCUAAGAAUAUUUGGUGAAACAUUUUCUUGUCUAAAUCAAUCACAGGCCUAGCUUUUUGUCAUUAAAAAAGAAGAAGAAAAGAAUAGCUUAUUAGUAAAAGCAUGAGCUGUAUUUUGCUGAUUAUAGUUGCUUUGGAGAAUAAAGAGGGGUGACAAACUUUUUGUGGGUUUAGGGUGCAAUGGCAAACUUUCUCACUCUUAAAUCUGUGUAGUGAUUUUAUUUUUCACAAAGAUUUUGUAUUGGUUAGGGAACAUAUACUGCUCUUUACUAGGCUUUUGAGUGGUUGCUUUAAGUCUUGGAUAUUUCUUGAAUGUCAAGGCUCAAGGUUCUGAGGAUAUUGGGUAGUGUGUAUUAUUGAGGGCUGAGGAAUAAUGGCAGAAGAGAAUACUGGGUAUUUGCAGUGGACUUCUACUGAUUGCAAGUCUGUGCUGCUUUUGAUACUUGACUUAGAAGUUCUUAUUCUUGAGGAUGAUCUCUUUUGCUACCUUUUUACAUUUGAUUGACCCUCUAUUUUUAUAAUUGUGCUUCUAUUUGCUUGGGACUGAGGAAUUGGGAUGGGUAUACUGCUUUCAGUCAACAGAGGGAUAUAUUGUUAAUUCAGUAGUAGGUGUUACAUUUUUUCCAGUUUUUACAUUAAUUUCUUGAAUCAGGGAUGCCCAGUUGCAUCAUUGGGUGAACCUUUUUGGGGGUGAUGAGGGAAACCCGCAGCCACUACCCGAGGGUGUGCCUGGGUAAACCCCGCCUUGUGAAAGGGCCACGAGGAGGUAAAUCAACAUAGAUUGUCCAUAGCUGAUUGACUCAAACCAAAAAGGCUGGGAUUCGAACUGACGAACUCGUGACCUUGUGGUUACAAGUUUGUAUCCUUAGCCAACUUGGUUGGGGUUACCCCAUCAUUGGGUGAACCUUGAUUCUAAGGUGGGUAGUUCUUUUGCUUGGAGCUUGAAUUGGUAUGUUUCUGUAGGGCCUUUAUGCAUUUUCUCCUAGUCUAAUUUUUUAUUUUUCUUUUCCUUAGCCCCAUUUGUAAGACCAAAGUGUGCACUUUCUUAUGCUUUUAAAUGUGAAAUUACAUGCUUGUUGCUGCAUCAUGUGAACAUAUUUUGAUUAAUCUCACUUCACCUCUUGCAGAUCUGAUGCUCUGUUACUUGUAUAUUCCAUGUGAAAAAAAAGAUUUAAGUGAAUCCAUUUCAUAACUUCAUUCUUGGAGAUGGAGUGGAAUUCAAAGUGGGGAUGGGAAAAGCUGGCUAUGCUUGGAUCAAAAGCCUGUGAAAGUCCCAAAAAGCUGCAAUUAACAGACUGGGGAUUUGUAGAAGAGGCUGAACUUGAUACUGGAUCCUUGGAUUUGUCAGGAGGAAGUAGAGGAUAUGGAUCUUCAGCUAAAAGUUCGGUAUCAGCUUCUACUGACUCAUCAACGAAGGAUGGGACAAAAUCAUCCAAUUUCACUUUUGGAGGCUUUCCUGGAGAUUUGGAUAAGAAAAUGGAGCAGCCAGGAGCUGAGGUAUCUGGAAACUCGCCACCACUGGAUACCUCAAUUGGUUCUGUAGAACCGUUUAUAGGUCUGAAGCUUGGUAAGCGGACUUAUUUUGAAAGCAACUCUGGUGGAAACAGUGUCAAGAGUCCAACGAAGGCUACAAUCCCUAUUUCAUCAGCCACUUCAGUUAAGAAAACAAAAUCACCUAGUCAGUGUGCACCUACUCCGUACUGUCAGGUUGAAGGCUGUAACAUUGAUCUUUCCUCUGCCAAAGAUUAUCAUCGGAAGCAUAGAGUUUGCGAUAGUCAUUCCAAAUGCCCAAAGGUCAUUGUAGGAGGUAUAGAACGUCGGUUUUGCCAACAAUGUAGCCGGUUCCAUAACUUGUCAGAAUUUGAUGAAAAUAAGCGUAGCUGUCGGCGGAGACUUUCUGAUCACAAUGCAAGGCGCCGCAAGCCACUGCAGGAUGCAACCCAGUUUAACUCAACAAAUGGUAGGCAACAAGUGAAUUUUGUGGUGAACCAUUGCCCCAUUUUUCCCUCUAGAAGUGCUGCAGAUUCAACCUGGGAUAGCAAUUGCACCUCCAAGUUCACCAUUACAAGAGGAUUUACUUCAAAGCCUGAAAAGGCCAGAACCAUAAGUAAACUGCCAAACCUGGCAGGGAUCCAGUUACCAAAUGCAAUCAGUGCAUCAUCCAAGGGCACAACAGCCGAGGUCUUCAACCAAGGUGCCAAACAAUACUUGUUUCAAUCAAAUGCAAGCACGAUACCGGAGGUUCCUCGUGCUCUCUCUCUUCUGUCAACUACUUCCUGGGGUUCAUAUCAACCUGAAUCAAUUUCACUUGAUAGCCCUCUGCCCGCUAAUCAGCCCAGCUCGCUCGAUCCAUUUAUGCAUGCUAUCCCCCCGGGCCUCCUCUUACCCUCUUCAGAAUACUUGCAGCCUGAACAACAACAACACUCCACUGAUUUCAGUGGACACACGCUGGCGGUGAAUUCUACCAGCCCCAUUCACCUUUCGCAAGUUCAGCUGUUUAAACUUCCUCAUGAUACCGACUUUUAUUUCAACAUUUGAAUUCUCUUCUCUUCCCCAUUUUCCACCUUUAAAAUGGACUGUAAAGCUACUGAGUGAGACAUUUUGAACUGUUACCAAACUGGGAUUUAAAAAAAAAAAAAACAAAAAAAAAAAAAAAAACAAAAUAGGGCACGAAUUGAAUAGAGAAUACUCUUGGCAUUCUGCUAUUGUCACUGGUAUAUAUUGCAGAAUGCAGCUAGUGUAGUUUAUCCAUCAUAUGAAACUAUAAAUUCUCCCCUAGUGCAAUGCACUCCUAUUUUAAAAUUAAAUGCUCAAGAUGCUUUCUUUUA